AUGUUUAUUAAACAUGGAGAGCUGCACAAAACACAGAAAGGUAGUAACAAAAAUAAUUCUUGUGAAUCUGUUUCAACAUUCUCUACACUUUUACCUCAAUACGUUAAACACGGAGAGACAAAUAAAAUGGAGAAGGGUAGUAACAAGGCUAUUUCUGAAUCUGUUUCAAAAUUGACUUCACUUUUACCUCAAUAUAUUAAACAUGGAGAGUUAAACAAAGGAGAAAAAGAUGAUAACAAAGAUACUUCUGAAUCUGUUUCAACACUGUCUUCACUUUUACCUCAAUACAUUAAACAUGGAGAGAUAAAUAAACCAGAGAAAGAUGGUGACAAGGAUACUUCUGGACCUGUUUCAACAUUGUCUUCAUUUUUACCUCCGUUCAUUAAACAUGGGGAGAUAAACAAAGGAGAAAAAGAUGGUAACAAGGAUACUUCAGGAUCUGUUUCAACAUUAUCUUCACUUUUACCUCAAUACGCCUGUGAUAUCUGUGGGAAAUCUUUUCCCGCUAAUAAGAAGUUAACUCGACACAUACAAACACAUUUCAGAGCAAAGAUUUUUCAGUGUGAAGUUUGCGGAAAUUCAUUCACUCGUAAAAGUGAUCGAGACCGACAUAAGAGAAUACAUUCUGGAGAGAAACCUUACCCUUGUGAUGUAUGUGGGAAAUUCUUUUCUCGAAACAGUCAUUUAAAAAUCCACAAAUUGACUCACUCGGGUAUAAAACCUCAUCGCUGUGAGACUUGUGGAAAAUCAUUCUCACAGAAUUGUGAUCUGGAAAGACAUAUACGUGUACACACAGGAGAGAGACCAUUUAAAUGUGAUACUUGUGAAAAAAGAUUCUCUCAAAUUAAUGAACUAGGAAGACAUAAACGAAUACAUACAGGAGAAAAGCCAUAUGCCUGUGAGUUUUGUAAGAAAACGUUUACUUUAAACUGUGUUCUCGUAAGACAUAGACGAAUUCAUACUGGAGAAAAACCCUAUGUUUGUGAGUUUUGUAAGAAAACAUUUUCCCAAAAUAGCAUUCUUGUAAAACAUUUGCGAAUGCACAAUGGCGGAAAACCAUAUCAAU